AUGUCGUUGGAAUUAGACGCAAUCCCAUCUUCCAGCUGCCAGAAUGGUGAUAUAAAGACAAAGGCACUACGUAUUCAAGAGCUUUCAUUGGCAAGUGAUCGAAACUCGAACCGUUUAUCUAAGGGUAAAGUGCAACGAGGUAACAAAACUGUACCUAGGGACCUACGAACGUCGCUUUCCACUGGACUUUCAACUACCAAGAAUCGUGGUAACAAAAGAACGUUAUGGACUUCAGUGUCCGAUGAUAGAAGACAAUGUGGUGAAGUUGUGGAGGUUGAGGGGCUGCUGGUGGUUGCAGAACAGGUCGACAGAGGCCAGACACGGCAGAAACCACCAGUCUUUCGGACGCUCGGAUCGAUUCAUUGCGUAUUGGUACGGAAGAAUGUGGGAUUGUUUUUAGAGACCGUGUCACAGGAUCGUCAUCACACCAUUGUGCUCAAUAUAGACGCCAUGGACUUGGUGCAUGAACGUUUCGAAAACAAUUGCAAGUUUCAACUGCGUUAUCGACAAAGCGAAUUAAAGAAAAGCGGUAGCUGGCAACGAGCGGUUUCGUACGCCUUCAUGACUUCGUCAACGGAGGAACAUUUUAAGUGGCUCAAUGGAAUUUUCAGACAUCAAGCGCUGGCUACGAGCAGAGAUCAAACAAGCUCUUGGAACGAACGGGUUACAGGUUCUGGAUUGAUUGGGUUAGAGCCUCCUGGACAAAGUGCCGACUUACAUGCAAAAUGCAACGACCAGGAGCAGAGAUGGCAGACUGAAGGACGCAACGAACAGCCACAGCCAUCCCUUGGAGACUUGUUGUACCCCACACCUGCAAGAAUAAAACAUUUUAUCCUAGUACGUCAUGGUCACUACAUCAAUGCCCACGUGCUGCAAGUGUUAGACUCGCAACAAGUUCUCUCGCAGAUGGGAAGAAAGCAAGCAGAGCUCACUGGCAAAUACCUAGGAGUAGCACAUAACCGAGUUCCAACUCGACACGACGUCUCUAUUUAUCACAGUGAUAUGACACGUGCCGUGGAGACAGCAGUUAUCAUCGCCACUGACUUUCAAGGGGUCUCGUUGAAUUCAAGCUCAUUACUGCGGGAAGGAUGGCCUGGAACGCCGUAUUCCACAGAUUUCACCGUAAGUGGUGAAACCGCUGCUACACGUAAAAGUGGUGCCCUUGACGCGCUGCAAAAGCAAAGUUUUCCGGAUGUAGAGCGGAUGGAAAAGGCGUUUAACUGGUUUUUGUUCGACUUAGGCAAAACCCAUUGUGAUAAUGACGAGGAGUCGUACUGCAUACUCGUGUGUCAUGCCAACCUGAUCAGAUACUUCUUGUGUCGCGCUCUUGGUGUCGACCCUACAACUAUGUGGGGUCAUUUCGAAAUUAACCACUGUGGCGUCACGCGUAUUGACGUUUGCUCCGAUCAACCGACCAAGAUCAUUGCAGUAAAUGAGACUGGCCAUCUACCGCUUUCUCUCAUCACGUCCAGCGAAGACCAUCUGUAA